AUGGUAAUUAGUUCUAUUCCUGUUUCCCAUUCCGGCCUGCCGCAUAAUCAGAGCGCUAAUCGCACUCCUGACCUCUCCGUGAUGCCCGUCCCCCCUUCCAUAGGAGGUCUUUGCAAAGCCUCAACCGACAUCACGUUCUGUUUGCCGCUGAGUGAAGGACAUCAGAUGCCUCAGCAGCUGCCUCGACCACUUGGAACUGUGGACGGUCCUCAAGCCUCUCCAAUCACAGCCCCUAACGCCGGCACCAGGAAGGAGGACAAAGGUAGGGACGAAAGGGAAGAGCAGCACGUGAUCACAUCUGUCCUCUACAGCCAGGCUGCUGAGCCACUCGCUGCCCUGGGACACGUCUGUCUCCUCUUCACCCAGUUUACUUCCCACCCGUCAGCAGCUCAGGGGCUGCGUCCUCGGAAGCAGAGCGCAAACACAGCGCAAACCAAACCCCAGAGACGCCCCGCCCCCCGCCUGCCUCUUUGCAGCCUCCGCAACCAGAGGAGCUGCCGCCAUGUCCGCGCGCGCCUGCAAUGGCUGGUCGUCCGGAACUGCUCCACCUUCUUGAUCAAGAGGAACAAGGAGACGUACAGCACCAAACCCAGUAACCUAAAGGCCCGCAACUCCUUCCGCCACAACGGGCCCAUUCACCGCAAGACUGUGGGUGUGCAGCCGGCGGAUAGCAAAGGGGUCAUGGUAGCGAUGAAGCGGUAAUCCGGCCCGCGAAAGCCGGCCACCUAUGUGCGGACCACCAUCAACAAGAACGCCCGGGCCACACGCAGCAGCAUCCGGCACGUGAUCCAAAAGAACAAGCACCGCACAGAUUGGCGCCUGGCCGACCCCUGGAGAGCCAGCGCCAUCCUGCGCUGCCAGAAGCCUGUGACGGUGAAGAGGAAGCAGACCUGCCCACCAAGAGCUCCUGGGUGA